GCCAACUGGACGCGUGUUCGCUCCGAGGAGUCUCGUCUCGUCUCGUCUCUACUUGUCUCUAUAUGUGUUUCGUGCGUGUGUGUGUGAGUUGGUUGCGUGUAUGCCGACAAUGCCGCAACAAACUUUAAGUUAAGCCAUACACAAGUAUCCAAAGUCAAAGUGAAAGUUACGCCAUUGACAACUUUUAACUGCCAACGGGUAACGACAACGAGGCAACGAGGAGACAACUGACAAUGGCCAUUCAACUACAGGCCAACAACAGCCAGAGCGAACAAUCCCAAAGGAAUCGGGUUGCCAUCGAGUCAAGUUGCCAUUAGACGAUCUCUUGUGGUCCAAGAACUGUGCAACUGCACUUUUGCUCAUGUUUGAUCUAAUUACUUGUGUGCUUGUGUCUCUAUAUUUUUUUGCUGCCGCUGUUUUGGCCUUUGACCUAAGCCAAUUCCAAGUUGCGUCGCAAUGCUAAAACCAAUUAAGCGAAUUACGCUCGUGUCAUAAAUAAACUACAAACUAUUAUUAAACUCGCAUAAAGUAUUCGUGCAACACAUGUUUCAACAAAUUGAAUUGAAUUUCAAAGGCAAAUUACAUCGCAGCCGCAGGCUCUAAAAAGCGUCUAAAAUUUCAUAAUUGAAAAUCAGUUCCCAACCAAAACCCGAAAAAUAAGAGCAAAAAAGGCGACAUAGAACGAACGCAUGCUCCAGCUGGCAUAAGGAACGAAAGAGAUAGAGAGAGAGAGAGAGAGAGGGAGAGAGUGAGAAGAACACUGCUGGCAGGAUGUCAAAAUGCCAUCGGCAGAUCAAAUCUUGUUUAUAAAUGUCACCACAACGGUGGCCGCGGCAGCGUUGACAGCAGCCGCUGCCGUCAACAGUCCGCCCGAGGCAUCCACAGUGGCAGCAAGGGCAGCUGCCGCAACAGGCAACGGACGCAGUGCAGCAGAAGCAGCAUCUGUGGAGACAGCAGCAACAUCGACAACAGCAACAGCAACGACAACAGUUGCUGCCGCACUGGCAGCCAAUUUAUCGGGUUCGCUGGUCGACAGCCUAACAACAUCAACGACAACAGCAACAACAACGGCAGCCACAAUUGUCGAGUCAACGCAAGAAUGCGGCGCCACAGCAAUGGAAGAGUUCCAGGGCAGCAUUUUGGGAUUGCAACUGGCUGUGCCCGAAUGGGAGGCGCUGCUCACAGCCCUGGUGCUGUCCAUCAUCAUAGUGCUGACCAUAAUUGGCAACAUUCUUGUGAUAUUGAGCGUCUUCACCUACAAACCCUUGCGUAUUGUGCAAAACUUUUUCAUCGUCUCGCUGGCGGUGGCCGAUCUAACUGUUGCCCUACUGGUCUUGCCAUUUAAUGUGGCCUACUCGAUACUGGGUCGCUGGGAGUUUGGCAUACAUUUAUGCAAGCUGUGGCUCACCUGUGAUGUGCUUUGCUGCACUUCAUCCAUCUUGAAUUUGUGCGCCAUUGCAUUGGAUCGCUAUUGGGCCAUCACGGAUCCCAUCAACUAUGCUCAGAAGCGAACAGUGGGACGAGUGCUGCUCUUGAUUUCCGGCGUCUGGUUGCUGUCGCUGCUCAUCAGCAGUCCGCCAUUGAUUGGCUGGAAUGAUUGGCCCGAUGAGUUCACCAGCGCCACGCCAUGUGAGCUUACCUCACAGCGUGGCUACGUCAUUUAUUCGUCGCUGGGCUCGUUCUUUAUACCGCUGAUCAUUAUGACAAUUGUGUACAUUGAGAUAUUUGUGGCCACGAGACGUCGUUUAAGGGAACGCGCCAAGGCCAACAAAAUGAAUACGAUUGCCCUGAAGACCACCGAGGUGGAGACGAUCAAUGCCAGCAAUGUUCCUGCCGGCAAUAGUUCAACUAGCUCCAAGGCACGUGCACUGAGCAGUCUUUGCGCCAGCUGGCUGUGUUGUGGUCGGGAUCGUGCCAACUUUGCCACGCCCAUGAUACAAAACGAUCAGGAGAGCAUCAGCAGCGAGACACAUGCACAGCAGGAGCCGAACAAUGAGCAACAGCAGCAACAGCAGACGCAGUCGCAGCAACAACAUGUUGUUGUCCUGGUGAAAAAGUCACGACGCGCCAAGAUAAAGGAUUCGAUUAAGCACGGCAAGGCGCGCUCGGGCCGCAGAUCGCAGUCCUCGUCGUCGGCCUGUGAGCCACAUGGUGAGCAACAGCUGCUGCCCCAAGGCGGCAACAGCAGCAACAACACUGCCGUCAAAUCCGAUGCAGAGAUCAGCACUGAAAGCGGCAGUGAUCCCAAAGGUUGUAUACAGGUUUGUGUGACACAAGCCGAGGAGCAGACAUCGUUGAAACUAACACCGCCACAGUCAUCGACUGGCCCCACGUCGGCAACAUCACUGCAAAAGAAACCGAGCACCGUGAAUCAGUUCAUCGAGGAGAAGCAAAAGAUCUCGCUGUCCAAGGAGCGAAGAGCAGCUCGAACUUUGGGCAUCAUAAUGGGUGUAUUUGUCAUCUGCUGGCUACCAUUUUUUCUCAUGUACGUGAUUUUGCCAUUUUGCCAGAGCUGCUGUCCAUCCGACAAGUUUAAGAAUUUUAUCACCUGGUUGGGAUAUAUUAAUUCGGGUCUAAAUCCGGUUAUUUAUACGAUAUUCAAUUUGGAUUAUAGACGCGCAUUUAAAAGACUAUUGGGCAUGAAGUGAUAUGAUGAUUUCAGCAGAGUUCAACACAGAUGCGAAAGAGAGAGCCUUACUCAAAGUUUGUGCCAAAGAGACAUAUGAAGUAUAUAGUAAAGAAAGAUAUAUAAAUAUAGUGUAGUAUUUCAUGAAACACCUGAAAAAAGUGGUGCUGUACACUGCUUUUUUCAGCUGAUGUUGCAUCGGCAGAGGGAAAGAAACAUUUCAAUAUGGUUUCACUCAUUUGUACAAAGAUCUCGAAUGUUCAUUACAAAAAAAAACCAAAACUCAAAAAACAUACAAUAUACAAUAAAUGUAAAUUUUUAUAUAUUAAUUAGAAGGCGAGCAAUUUUUUAUUAGUCUAUAAUAAAUUACUUACUAGUAAAUUUCUUGAUUAUGAAUAACAAACUUUUAUUUUGACUUUCACUAAAAAAAAAUUCAUUUGUCGGGUGACUCAAUCUUAGUUUCACUUUUCACUUUUUUUGGGUGUUUCAAAAUGCUUAGAAAGAGCUAUUUCAAAGGACAUGUCUGGACGCUCUUAGCUGUUAUAUAUACACUAUAUAUACUCGUAAAAAGCGUUCAACCGAUGGGAGGGAAAGGCAGACCUCAAGGUCAGCUUUAAUGUGGGCUUGCUCUUUUCAAAUUAAUAUAGGAAAACAGAAAAAGCUACUAAAUAACAAAAA